UUUGUAUAACUCACGAUUCAAGAUAUGUGCGUUUUAUUUUAAUUUUAUUAUAUACGAGCCCCUUCGCGAUUAUUUUUAAUUUUAUCGAACAAAAACAAAGAUAGUCUUAAUUUUUAAUUUUUAUAACAUUGAACAGUGAUUCAACAAGAAAAAGCAUUUGGAUAAAAAGUUGCCGUUUUGAGAUUUGAAAAUGUCUCCCUGGUAUGUCAGCGGGGAUGCAGCAGAGAGUGGACCGUCGCUCGGCGUUCUCACCGUCGACGCCUAACAGUCGCGCCAUGGAUAAAUACGAGCAGCUAUCCGUGGUCGGCGAGGGUUCAUACGGCGUGGUGCUGAAGUGCCGUCGCCGCGACACAGGUCAGCUGGUCGCCAUCAAGAAGUUCCUUGAGACCGAAGACGAUGCUGCGGUCAGGAAAAUGGCAUUACGAGAGAUCCGCAUGUUGAAAAAACUGCGUCACGAUCAUCUGGUGAAUAUGAUUGAGGUGUUCCGCCGAAAGCGAAGGUUUUACCUGGUCUUCGAGUACUUGGAUCACACGCUGCUGGACGAGCUUGAAGCUUCACAAGGAGGCCUCGGGGAGGACACAGCGAAGAAACACCUGUACCAAUUGCUGAAGGGAAUUGAUUAUUGCCAUCAGAAUUCCAUAAUACAUCGCGACGUGAAACCGGAGAACGUACUAGUGUCAAACGCUGGUAUCGUGAAGCUCUGUGACUUGGGAUUCGCGAGAACUCUGGCCGCUCCCGGCGAGCCUUACACGGAGUACGUGGCGACGAGGUGGUACAGGGCUCCUGAAUUAUUGGUCGCAGAGCACAGAUACGGUCCAGAGGUAGACGUUUGGGCACUGGGCUGUCUGUUCGCGGAGAUGUUGACGGGAGACCCUCUGUUCCCUGGAGACUCCGACAUAGAUCAAUUAGCCCUUAUAAUAAAGACUGUAGGUAAGUUAGCUCCUCGUCACCAGCAGAUAGUGUCGCGGCUAACGGCGUCUGCGGCGCCCCGCAGUGCCCGCACGCUCCCCGGGGUCGGCGCGGCGCGGGACCUCCUCGCCGCCUGUCUGCGGACCGAGCCCAGGGCAAGACCCACUGCUGCAGCGCUCUUGAGGCACAAGUAUUUCGCAUUGGACGGAUUCGCGGACAAUUUCAACGCGGAACUCAGAAAGAAACUAGGGAAGCAAACGGACACUCCGCCGUCGCAGCAGAGCACAGCACGAGUGUUCGGGAAACCGAGACAUCAAUGGACAUUGAAUGUUAUACCGGAUCAUACUAGGUCACGUACGGACAGUACAGCGGGAGAAUCUCUGAUUGACUACAAUUAUACGCCUAACCCAGAUACGCAAAUGGAAACAUCGACGAACGAGAAGAAAUCUCAACAGAAUUUGAAUGCACAGAAUCUAGAGAACGAGCUGCAGGUAAUGCAAGAGUCUGUGAGUGUGGUACUGCCAGCCCCGGCGCGUCCCGCACCGCCGCGCUCUCUAGCGCGCGCCCUCAACGAGACAUUUCAGACCUUUCCGGUACCGGUCAGCACGUAUCCGAGGACACCCUACAUAAAAAAAGUGAACAAUAAGUUAAUCAUGGACGAGGAUCUCCUCCGAGGGCGCGCCCUCGCCAAGAAAACAAACAAGAAAUGUGCUCCUGAAAUCUCUCUGCCGUACGUCGCUGGAGCAAGCAACAGUCCCGUUAAAAAAGUGAAGAAGCCGCACCCUGCGCAUGCCGCCUCCAAGUCUUACGAGCUCUGGGAGCACGCGCGUAAUGGUGUCGAUUUAGUUGUGAACGCGCGAACUCCAACCAAUCUACCGUACAUGUGACUGCCAAUAAAGAUCAAGAAGAUUUUUUACAAAUUGCCGUCUUUAAACCUAUAUAGUUGAUGUUCUUUUAUCAUAGUUUUUUUUUUUUGUAAUUUAUUUUAUGGGAUCUGUGCAACAGAAGCUUUUGCCUCCUAUUAUUGUCAAGUUUUAAAACAAUAUUUGCUUUAUAAAAUGCUACUCUAUUUUGUUCCGAUUUUUUCACUAUAAAUUAUAUCGCGUAAGAAAUACAAAAAGUACCUACAUAAUUUUACAAAUAAAAAUACGAUAAACUAAAAGUAACCUAAAAUAUAUUUACUCUUGGUUUAAACUUGUCUAAAAACGUGUAUAUUUUCUAAAGGCGCCGUAAAGGAAGUAAUUAUCUUUAUUGUUAUUACAUAAUAUAUUUAUUUAUUUAGUAUUUAUUGUCAUUUAAAUUUAUUAUAUUUUUCCAUGACCUACGCAAAUUCCCUGGACACACCAUAAAUUUUUUCAGUACAUAAUAGUACACAGCUAACGGUGUAUCAUUAUUUUCAGUUUAAAUAAAGGAUGUGUAUCCGUUGUAUUUUGCUUAAUUGAAAAGGUGGAAAAAUAACAAAACGAGCGGCACAAAGCUGUGCUCAACACCGGCCAAUAGUACAAUUAUUGUCAAAUGUCAAUUACACAUUAGACAGACUGACAAAAUGUACAAUGUACAAACGUGUGACGGCGUGGGAUUCUAAAUGAAACGUACUCACCGUAUUAUAGACAGUGUGUCCCAGUAGAGCUAUUGGGAAUCAAAAUUAAAAAUAAAUAAAUAAAUCUUAGGUAGUGGUCAAAUUAAUAUAAAAAUUAAAAAUAAAGAAAAAUACCAAAUUGCAUGAUUAAAAUUUAAGUUCAGAUUAACUUUUAUAAAAAACUAGCCAUACUCACCCGCUUCGCUGGGAAUUUAAAAUUAACAUUAUUAUUUAUUGUCAUUAUUAUUAGGGAGUCCAACUCUCAUAUAAAUAUUAGCCUAUUUGUUAAGUACAUGUAUUUUUUACAUGGAUACCAAGUUUCAAGUCAAUUGGAUGCAUGGUUCAGUAGUUAUAACGGAACAUCCGUAAAAACCACUGUAGAUUUAUAUAGUAGGUAUUAUAGAUUACACUAGCUACUCAUACGAUUUCCUGCGUAUUCCGAUUAUAACACCAAAAAGCCUAUGGAUUUCAUUUAUUUGUAGCUGUUGUAUAUUCCACAAACGCACAGCAGUAUGCAAAAUAUCAACUUUAUUUUUAAAUAUGCAAUUUGGGUACUACCUGAACUUUUUUUUUGUCGCCAAUGGCUCUACUAUGAGGUUUUUUAAGAUUAUCCAUACUUUCUGGGACACCCUGUAUGUACACAACGUUCAACAUAGAACGCUACACUGAAUAGUAACAACAUACAUUAAUUUAAUGCAAAAAAAAAAUUUUUUAAUGCAAAAAAUAUAAUAAUGAGAUCGCGUUAAUUUCCGUUGUUUUAUGGAAACGUUACAAAGUUUGGUCGCUUGGCUAUUGAAAUUGCCAAAAUUUUUUUAAAUAUUGAAUGAAUUUUUGUAGUAUUGUUUGUUAUUAUUAGAAUUGUCGAGUGGAUGAAUAAAUGUUUGUAAAUAUUGUAUAGUGUACGUUUUUACACGGAAUUAUAAUAAAUAAUUUAUAAAUUC